CUCAUUCAGUUUCUCAAACAUAUCUCAGAAACUUUCCUAAACCAGAAAAAAAAAACAUCAAGAACGUUGUUACUUCUUCCUUGUCUGAGACUUCAAACACAAGAAAAAAGAAAAACAUGAGAGAGCUUGCUUUGUCUAUGUUUCUUCUCUUCUUUGUUUUUAAUUGUGUCAGUUCAGUUCCGACAAAAGAACAGUUUCAAAGUUGCUUGGCGACAAAUAAAAUCUUCAAACUCCCUAGAAACCUCACUAAUCACACACCAGAUUCCCAAAUAUUCACCGACUUUUCCGAAUCGUCAUCUCCAAAUUCAAGUUUCCUCAACUUGAAUUUCACCAGCCUGAAGCCAAUUCUGACCUUGAAACCUAAAUCCGAAUCCGAAAUCAAAAGAUCGAUUCUAUGCAGCAAGAAACUUGGUGUGCAAGUUAGAACCAUGAGUGGUGGUCAUGACUACGAAGGUCUGUCUUAUCUCUCACUAUCACCUUUCAUAAUUGUCGACCUCGUCAACCUCAGAUCGAUCAAUAUCAACCUCACAGACGAAACCGCUUUGGUCCAGUCCGGGGCAACACUCGGAGAACUCUAUUACAAAAUUGCCAAAACCAGCAAGGUCCAUGCCUUUUCCGCUGGGAUAUGUCCGAGUGUUGGUGUUGGUGGGCAUAUUAGCGGCGGAGGAUUCGGCACAUUAAUGAGAAAACACGGUUUAGCGUCUGAUAACGUUGUGGACGCGCGUGUGAUGGACGUAAAUGGGAUAACCCGCGACCGGAGAAGGAUGGGAGAGGAUUUGUUCUGGGCGCUUAGAGGCGGUGGAGCCGCGAGUUUUGGCGUUGUCUUGUCAUGGAAGGUUAAGCUUGCUAGGGUUCCUGAAAAGGUAACUUGUUUCAUAAGUCAACAUACGAUGGGACCUAGCAUGAACAAGAUUAAACUUUCCUAA